UGCGCCCCGGAAGAACUUGCAGGCCUGCGCCCUGCCCGGAAGCAGCGCCGGGUGUCUGGGGGUGGGACGAGCGCCGAGGAGGCGAGGCUGCUGUCUAUACCAUGGCCGGGACGGCGCUCAAGAGGCUGAUGGCCGAGUACAAACAAUUAACACUGAAUCCUCCAGAAGGAAUUGUGGCAGGUCCCAUGAAUGAAGAGAAUUUUUUUGAGUGGGAGGCACUGAUCAUGGGCCCAGAAGACACUUGUUUUGAGUUUGGAGUUUUUCCUGCCAUCCUAAGUUUCCCACUUGAUUACCCAUUGAGUCCCCCCAAGAUGAGAUUUACCUGUGAGAUGUUUCAUCCCAAUAUCUACCCUGAUGGAAGAGUCUGCAUCUCCAUCCUGCAUGCACCAGGCGAUGAUCCCAUGGGUUACGAGAGCAGCGCCGAGAGGUGGAGCCCUGUGCAGAGUGUGGAGAAGAUCCUGCUCUCGGUGGUGAGCAUGCUGGCAGAGCCCAACGAUGAAAGUGGAGCUAACGUGGAUGCUUCCAAAAUGUGGCGGGACGACCGGGAGCAGUUUUAUAAGAUUGCCAAGCAGAUCGUGCAGAAAUCUCUGGGGCUCUAAGACUUCUCAGCACGCGCACACACAGCCGUGCCCAGGUGCACAUGUGUGCACACACACACCACCAGGCAGUUCUAAUGUGCUCCUCCAGAAUACUUUGUGACAAUGAUACUCUGUGCUGGUACCAAAAAAGGCAAACUUGCAGAACCGUGGCAUCUUGCUUUGCUUACCUUCCCACCCCAUGUUGGUACUUCUUCUGAAACGAUGACUCAUAUAGAAUAAUGACAGCCUCCUACAGGUUGGAAGUAGGUUGUCUGUGCCAUCAUCACUACCUCGUCCAGCCAGUGUGCCCACACCCCCACAGUCCUCACCCCCCCUCUAGAGUACAGGGUCGUGGAUCCCUUCCCUCCUAGAAUUAGGAGGGCUGCUACAGACUAGGUUCCAGGGGAUAUCGGAAUACCAGCCAUGCACCUUCCUGAGAGGUGGACCUUUAGCAAGAGCACAGGGAGUGCUAGCGUGUAGGCGGUGCCUCCUCCUCUGCCCUAGGAGGGGUUCUGACUUCCUUUCUUGUUUCACAUUUUAUAAGCAGAGGUUUUUCUUAAAAUCUGGUUACAUCUUUUUUAUUUGUUGUGUAUCAUAAGCUGUUUUACUUAGAAAUACUUUCAGAAAAUACUUCUUUAAAAUGUGGAUUAUUGCUAGGUGCAGAGGUAUGGACCAGCUCCCAGCUUCAUGGUGGGGCCGAGGCAGUAGGAUCUCCAGUUCAAGGCCAAUCUGGGUAACACAGAAGACUCUGUCUCUUUAACAGUAAAAAAAAAAAAGUAGAUUAAUGAGAAAUGGGUAUGUAGAAAAGAAGGUGAUCUCUGGUCAUAAAGACUGGUAGUAUUUUCCUGAUCAUAUUUUCCAUGAUUUAAAGUCUUAGUUACUAGUGCAUUACUAGAACAGGUACAGGUAAAAUCUUCAAAGUUUUAGUGCAUUGUGGUUGCACCAAAAUUUAACUGUUGGCAUAGAAUCAUUCUUUGCCAUGCGGGUCAGAAGGGAGUCUACUGUCUGUCAGCACAGAGCACGGUGGUGUACCUUACCCUCAAAUCGAGCAGUGCUAUGGAAGUGGGCACAAGGACCCAGGCCCUAGGGGGCACAGAGCACUGUGUGUGGUGUACAGCUUCGGCACACCUGGCUUUUCAGACAUGGCCAGCUCAGCACAGAGCCAGGAGAGUACAUAUAAGCAAUAACAUAUCUGUUGCAUGCAGAAUUAAAUCCUGACCUGUCUCAGACAGGUUAAAUUUAAAUAGGAAUUUAUAUUUUUUAAAUAAGGGACAGUCUCAGAGACAUACAGUAAACUUCAUGCAGUCCUGCCCUGCUGGACUUCAUCCCCUGCCCUGUUGUGAUAUGUCUGGUGGUCACCUGUCUGUCUCCUCAAGCCUCACACGCGGUAUCAGCAGUUGCUGGUGAAGGAGUCUUGGUGCUGGGCUUCUGUGAGACCAGAGCCUGCCCUUCUCAGAGGGAGUCAUUUUGAACAAGUAUAAAUUCAGUUCAAGAACUUGAAUUUGGAAGGGGAUGGGAAGAUAAAAGGUAUUGUACCUAAAUAGUAUUUUUAGGCACCUUAAAUGAGAUGUAGCCCUUUCUGCUCAGUGAGGAAAAAAGUGGUUUGUGGGAUAGAUGGGAGCCAGGCAUGACACCAGCUUGGGGGCCAUGGGGGUGGGGCGUGGGGACACUGUCCUCAUAGGUUUUUGUGGGAGUGUGAGGGAGGAGAGGCAGUCUCUACAAAAAAAAGUAUUUUUAUUCAUUUGUAUUUAUUAAAUGAAAAAAAAAAAGCCCAUGGUGUUCCUAUUCUGUGGUGGAAUUUAAUUACUCUGUUAAAAAUAAAGUCAUAUAUUUUCCCCCUACUGACAA